CAAACGCCGACGAACCGAGCUUCAAGAACUAAGAGAAUGGACCACUAUUUUUCUGCUCAUAUUUUGUCUGCCAUCUCCACCAGUUGGAUACUGUAGAUAUGUGAUCUACCAAACACUACAACAAGAAGUUCAAAAUAUUACCAAGGCAUCUCGAAGUCUUUGGGUUCUUCUGUUUUUAACUCCCCUCUGGCGGGCCUCCUGGGCAGCAUCACGAUUCCGAUAUCAAACAAUGAGGGGCCAGGUUUUGGCACUCCUCUAUUGGGAAACAUGUAUUAUUUUACGUCUAUUGAAUCUUGGUUAACUGCCACGCAAUGAGCAGAAAAAUAUGGUGGCCUGUGAGACUCCGAAGGUCCAAGGAAUUAUAUCUUCGGUUUUGGAAGGAGGUUCGUACGUUUGCAACGCUGCCCAGGCGCAGACUUGGUUUAGUUGUCCAUUUGGUUGCUCCUCUCCUCGACGAUCGCGACUUUAGAUCUGGGGAAGACCCAGUACAAGUCAAGUGUAACAUUUCUUUCCUCAGGAUCCCCUUGGCUGAAUUCAAGGGGCUGAAGUACAGGCUCGACUCCAGAUCCUUUUUGCGAAUAUCGGUCCCAGUUGGUCCGGCAGCGGUAGACUCGGAGGUCCCCUGGUGCCUAGAACAUUGA